AUGGUGAAAGCUACUCGACGCGGGUUGAUCGGCCAAAAUCGUGGUGCUUCUACUGCUCGAGACGAUGGUGCUCUCAAUCAUCCUCAGCUGAUUGAUGGAUCGAGUGAUUCAGAAACUACUCCUUCUCCUGUUCAGGCUCUUGUACCUUACGAGUUGGACUCAAGUGCUUCUCCUGUUUCGGAUCCGGUUGCUACUCCACAAGCUGACAUCGGUGAAGCAUCUGCAUCUGCGUAUGCGUCAGCUCAGGAUCAUCCGACGGACGAGGAAUCAACGCCGGUGUCUCGACCUGAACCAGUUCCAAUUUCAGUCGAAAUUCCAGAAGUUGAUCCAACUGUUUCUGUUCAAGAUCAGUUUCAACAGCAAGAGAUGAAGAAGAGACAGCAUCCAGAAUCAAACGCGCCUGAGUCUUCCAAAAAGCGUCGAAUUAAGAAAGGUAUUUCUAAAUCUCCAGGGUUUGAUUCAUCACGGUUUGUGUCUCGUGCUGCUCAGUUACGAUAUAAUAGCUUCAUCUCUCGUCGGUUUAUUCAAGAACGUCGUGUUGAUGUUCUCAAAGAGGAUACUUGGGGUUAUUGUCAGAAAAUUAAGGAUGUUGGUUUAGAUGAACUCGCUUUUGAACUAGUUGAUUAUGUCAAGGCAAUUGUGUGUGAGUUUUAUGCUAAUCUUCCUUCUGAGGCAUCCUCUUCUGGUGUUCAUGUGUUUGUUCGGGGUCAGAUAUUUGAGUUUUCUCCAACAGCUAUUAAUCGUGCUUUACUUCAGAAGCCUCUGACUAAAGCAGAACGUCGAGCAGAUGCAGCUGUUAAUGAUGUUGCAAUUGAUCAGGUUGCCAGAGUUCUUAGUGGGAAAGAUAAAACUAACUGGAAAGGUUUAAGUGUCAAAAAUUUACCUGCUGGAGUUGGAGCAUUACUUAUGAUUGCUGCUUACAAUUUGGUUCCAUCCUCACAUAAGAAUCAUCUUGCUGAAAAACGGGCCAGAGUAGUUUACAAGAUUCUUCAAGGUAUUCGGUUUGAUGUAGGUCAGCUGGUCUAUGAACAGGUCAUGGCAUGGAAUUCAAUUCAGAAUGACGAUAAGCGUUGGCUGAUUUUUCCAAGGAUUAUCACUGAGUUGCUGCUUGUACAGGGUGAUAUUCAUAGUGAAGAUGAGGACUUUAUUGUUGCUACUGACUAUGUAAAAGAUCCUCGCACUGGUGAAGUUUAUGCUAAGAAGUAUCCAAGUGAUGACAGUUUUGGUUGUACUGCUGCUCCUGCGCAUGAGGGUUCUACUCCUGGUCAUAAUGUUAUUCAGCUUGGGGAAAUUCGUCUCCCAUGUAGUGGAGAUAACAGUGAUGCAGCAUCUUAUGCAGCUUUGGUGGAUACUGCUGUUGUUCUGAAAAAGCUUUCGGAUGAUGUUCUGAGGAAACUUACUGAAGUUGUUGAUCGCUUGAUUCAGAAUCAUCCUUUGACGAAGAAAGCUUAA